UGGCACCCCAGGCCACGAAUGAUGGUUUGCCCCUGGAGGUGCUAGGCACGGCCGUUGACAGCUAUUAUUUUUCCAAGAAGGUCGCACUUCUUGCGGAGGCGGAGCGGCUUGGCUUCGGAGCUGAGGAAUCUGGCAUUGGACUUUUUUCUCUCCUGCUGUCCGCUUGCAACGAGACUCACUGACUCAGCAUGGCGGAAGAGCCCGUCGAGUCCGCUCCCCCCGCCGCCUCAUACGCGGAUGACUCCGCCACGCCGCUGCUGGCGGAAGCCACCGGUUCGGGUGCGCAGGCGGAGAACCCCGAAGGGGAAUCGGAAGGUAAAGUAAAGGGGGAGAACCCGCAAGGGGAAUCGGAGGAUCAAGGAGAGGGGAAGAACCCGACAGGGGGAUCGGAGGGUCCAGGAAAGGGGGAGAACCCGGCAGGGGGAUCGGAGGGUCAAGGGGAGGGGGAGAACCCGGCAGGGGGAUCGGAGGGUCAAGGGGAGGGGGAGAACCCGGCCGGGGGAUCGGAGGGUCAAGGGGAGGGGGAGAAACCGGCAGGGGGAUCGGAGGGUCAAGGGGACGGGGAGAACCCGGCAGGGGGAUCGGAGGGUCAAGGUGAGGGGGAGCGCCCGGAAUUGGGCGGGGAUUCUCCGGGGAGCGGAGGGGGGGUUGCGCGCAGUGUGGAGGAGAUAGCGGCAAUCAGUGCAGCUGUGGCGGCCGCGACGAGCGGAUCCGGCGGAACGGAUGAAAGCGCGGGGGUGAAGCGGGGGAGGGGCGGAUGGGGAGGGCUAGGAAGCUCGAGCAUGAAGCUAUCGAACGUGCGACUCGGUGACGUGGCAGAAGAAGAAGCAGAGGGGCAGGACAAUGCAUCUUCGCAGUUCAGCGCGGCCCCAGCGGGGGAGGGGGAGAAGGGGAUGCUCGUGCCUCCGCCGACCCCCCGCACUCCGCGCCCGGGCGAGGCGGGGUGGCGCGCGCGCGUGGGGCGCGGCGAGUCGUGGAGCGAGGCGCUGCUGUUGCCGCUGACGGCGGGGCUGUCGGAUUUCGACGUGGUGGACCCGAAGCACGCUAGCAGCGACGCGCUCAUGCGGUGGCGGCGCAUGGCGCUCGUGAGGAACGCGACGAGGCGGUUUCGGUACACCGCGGACCUGCAACAGAGACGAGAGCAAGAAUCGAAACCACCCACUCCUAAAAUGUCAACCGGCCUCUCUCGUUUCCGAGGGGCUGCCAAGGCGCUCAAGGCAGUGGCGCGCUUCAAAUCAGUGCUCCCCCGCCUGUCCGACGCGGCGUACAGGGCUGCGCGCGCGGAGGGCUUUAGCGUGAGCGCGAAGCAGCUUGCGACGAUGGUGGGGGGCCAGGACACUAGCGCGCUCGACUCGUAUGGGAGCGCGCAGGGGGUAGCGCGGCUGCUGGGGAGCAACGUGGCGGAGGGGAUAGGCGGAGGGGAGGGGGAUCUGAUGCGCAGGCGCAAGGUGUAUGGCGCAAACACGUUCCCAGAGCAGCCGCCCAAGACGUUCGUGCAGUUCGUGUGGGACGCCAUGCAGGACAUGACGCUGUGGAUCCUAGCAGUGUGCGCGGUGGUGUCGCUGCUGGUGGGGAUCAUAACGGAGGGGUGGCAGGAGGGGUGGUACGAUGGAGUGGGGAUCCUCAUGAGCAUUCUGCUCGUCGUCUUCGUCACUGCCACCAGCGACUACAGGCAGUCGCUGCAGUUUCAGAUGCUGGACCGGGAGAAGAAGAAGGUGGCAGUGGAGGUGGUGCGCGGUGGAGUGCGGCAGAAGGUGUCCAUCUAUGACCUCGUGGCGGGGGACGUCAUUGUGCUCUCCACGGGGGAUAUAGUGCCCGCUGACGCUGUAUUUAUUGGAGGUCACAGCCUGGUGGUGGACGAGUCGAGCAUGACUGGGGAGAGCGUGCCGGCGUACAAGGGCAAGGACGCGCCCUUCUUCCUGGCGGGCACCAAGGUGCAGGACGGCCAUGGCACAGCGCUGGUGGUGGGCGUGGGCAUGAACACGGAGUGGGGGCAGCUCAUCGCCAAGCUCACAGAUAGCGGGGAUGACGAGACGCCUCUGCAGGUGAAGCUGAGCGGGGUGGCGACGCUGAUAGGGCGGGUGGGGCUGUACGUGGCGCUGGUGGUGUUCGUGGUGCUGCUCUCCCGCCUCCUGCUCUCCACUCGCCUCUGGGACUGGUCCUUCCACCACACGCUGCAGGUGGUGGACUACUUCGCUGUGGCUGUGACCAUAGUGGUGGUGGCAGUACCAGAGGGCCUGCCCCUAGCAGUGACUCUCUCGCUGGCCUUCGCCAUGAAGAAGAUGAUGAAGGACAAAGCGCUCGUGCGCAAGCUGGCUGCAUGCGAGACCAUGGGGUCGGCGACCACAAUCUGCAGCGACAAGACGGGCACGCUCACUGCCAACCAGAUGACUGUGGUGCAGGCGUGGGUGCUGGGGCGCGUGAGGAAGGUGCCACUGCUGCAGCCACAGGAGAUGUUGGAUAAGGAGGAGUGGAAGCUUCCUGCCUCCCUCUCCGGGCCUCUCCUGCAAAACGUCUUCAUCAACACCAGCGGCGACGUGCAGCUCCCCACCCCCCCCGCGCCACCGUCCUCGCUCCCGGUAGUCCUGGGCACGCCCACAGAGCAGGCCAUUCUCACCUGGGGCAUGCACCUCGCCUCGCCCUCCGCCUUCGCCUUCACCCGCUCCUCUGCCACAAUCCUCAAGCUCGAGCCCUUCAACUCCCAGCGCAAGCGCAUGGCAGCAGCAGUUCGCCUGCCCGACGGGGGUGUGAGGGUUAUGUGGAAGGGGGCGGCGGAGAUUAUUCUCGCGUGCUGCUCCCACGCGGUGGUCGGGGUAGGGGAUCAGGCGGAGGUGGUUGCACUAGACCACGAUGCGCUGGGGAAAGUUGUGGAGGACUCGGCUGCUGCUGCGCUGCGCACGCUGUCACUGGCGUAUAGGGAUUUGAGUGCGGGGGAGGUGGAGAAGAUGGGGCUGGUGAAGGGCGGGGAGUGGGUGGCGGAUGUGGCGAUUCCGGACGAGGGGCUGACGCUGAUGGCGGUGGUGGGGAUCAAGGACCCGCUCAGGCCCGAAGUGCCGCGCUCUGUCAUGCUGUGCAAGCGCGCUGGGAUCAUGGUGCGCAUGGUGACGGGCGACAACCUGAGCACAGCCAUAGCUAUUGCGCGCGAGUGCGGCAUUCUGACCGCGGACGGUGUGGCAGUGGAGGGACCCAAGUUCCGAGUCAUGGGCGACGAGGAGAGGAGGGAGCUCGUGCCAAAGCUGCAGGUGAUGGCGCGGUCAUCCCCCACGGACAAGCACCUGCUGGUGUCGCUGCUGCGCGAGAUGGGCGAGGUGGUGGCUGUCACGGGCGACGGCACCAACGACGCACCUGCACUCAAGGAGGCCGAGAUAGGGCUCGCCAUGGGGAUUGCUGGCACCGAGGUGGCGAAGGAGAGUGCUGACGUGAUAGUGAUGGACGACAACUUUUCGUCGGUGGUGAACGUGGCCAAGUGGGGGCGCAGCGUGUACACCAACAUCCAGAAGUUCGUGCAGUUCCAGCUCACCGUCAACAUCGUCGCACUCAUCACCAACUUCGUCUCCGCCUGCAUCACAGGCACGGCCCCCUUGACAGCCGUGCAGCUGCUGUGGGUGAACCUCAUUAUGGACACGCUUGGUGCCCUGGCCCUGGCCACAGAGCCCCCCAAGGACUCGCUGAUGCACAUGAAGCCGGUGGGGCGGCGCACGCCCUUCAUCACGCCGUCCAUGUGGCGCAACAUCGCCGGGCAGGUGCUCUUCCAGCUGCUCGUGCUCGCGCUGCUGCACCGCUUCGCAGCCCCGCUGUUCGGGCUGCAGGGGGCACUGGCAGGGGCGACCAAGCGCACGCUGGUCUUCAACACGUUUGUGUUCUGCCAGCUGUUCAACGAGAUCAACUCGAGGGAGCUGGACGAGAUCAACGUGCUGCACGGCAUGCACCAGAACGCCAUCUUCCUCGCCAUCCUGCUCUUCUCCACCGUCUUCCAGGUCUGCCUCGUGCAGUACCUGGGCAAGUUCGCCUCCACCGUGCCGCUCACCCCGCUGCAGUUUGCCGCCUGCAUCUUCAUCGCGUCGCUCAGCCUCCCCGUGGCCGCGGCCGUGAAGCUCAUCGAGGUGCCCAAGCAGUCGGUGGUCGCCAUGGGGCGGCUUACUAGCAGCAUCUCGGCACACCUGCAGGCUUUCUUUCCCGAGGGGCAGGGACAGGGACAGGGGCAGGAGGGGGGAGCAGGGAAGGAGGUGAAGCAAGACUGAAAGCUUGGGGUUGAUGAGGCCUGGCCUGGCUGUGACUCCUGCUGCAGCCGGGGCUACCCAUGUUGUGGUGGGCAUAUCAACCUGGUACUUGAACAGAUAUGGCUCUUCGGCUGCUUCUUCCACCUAAGCCCACUUCGCUGUGCCUUGUGCCUCUCCUUUGAGUCACUUCUCAGGUCCCCUAACCCUUGCCUGCCAUGCUGUGCAAAGGGGCGCACUAGAAGGGGCAGACUGACAAAUCCCACCCACACCAAGCAGGCAAUGCAUGUGCUCGCAAUACGGACUUUAUUCAUUCACCUGCAAAUCAACGCUCGAAUAGGAACAUUUUGGGCAUGAGAAGUAAAUAGUAGAAAUGCUGGUUCUUGGUAUCUUAUGUCAUACUGUGCAAGGGAUGGUAAGAGGAUAAAAAUUGCAGAGAAGU